AAGCGAAAUAGAGUAUGGCCGCCACAUCAGGUCCCUGGGAUGUUGUUUUGAGUGCAUUCAAAAUUUUGAUGAUUACGCAAGAUGCGGAGAAAUAUGACGCGGACCCUGUGCUCUUGGAAUUUCUGAAAUAGACAGGUGUCAAACAACGAUAAGAAUUGUGCGUGUUUGGUGGGUGCAUUUGUAUGCAUCUAUGCAUUAUCCAUCUCAAACGGACUUAACAAGACCAAUUAACAAUAAAGAGGAUGUACGUGGCACAUGUUACGUAAAACAGCGUUGAUCGUUACGAAAUUGAUAUAUUUGAACAAAAAUUACAUAAGAGAGUCAAGAUCAUUUAGAGAGCAAAAAGAAACAUGAAAAUGACGCUACUGCAACAAAUUGCGGAUUUGCUGAGCUUAAUAACAAUAGGCAUGUGUUUCGUGCUGAAAAUUCCGCAGAUAUUGAAUCUGAUGUACGUGAAAUCGGCCGACGAGAUAUCCAUGUUAGGAUUAUUUCUAGAAUUAACGAGUUACACUGUAAUGACUAGUUAUAAUUAUACGAAUGGAUACGCAGUGUUAUCCUAUUUGGAAUAUCCGAUAAUACUAAUUCAAGAGUAUAUUUUAAUAUUCCUAGUCUUGAAAUAUUUAAACAAAAUCAACAUGUGGGCCUUUGUAUAUACCAUAAUAUACUUUACAUUGAGUAGCUGUUUGCUAUUGGAAUUUGUGCCAAAAGUUGUUCUUACAUUCUUAGCACCCAUGUGCACUCCGAUUUCCGCUUCCAGUAAAGUCAUCCAGUUACUAGUUAUACUUCGAGCCAAAAAUGCGGAGUCAGUGGCACCUCUUACUUGGUUUAUAUCCGCUUUUACGAACUUGACUAGAGUGUUCACGAUAUGGAUGGACUCGGCCGACAUGCUGCUACUGGGGAACUUUAUUAUCUCGGUGCUGCUGAGCUCCAGCGUCAUGUUCUCUGCGCUCUACUAUAGACGCCGCCUGGUGAAGCAAGAUUAAGUGGCAAACAAUUUACGCGAUUGGUCUAGUUAAAUGUAUCCUACCAAAGGAAGAUGUUAAGAAAGGGCCGAUUUUUGCCAAAAAAAUAUAAGUGAAAGGAAUAAUAAUUUUUGUAGAUUCUUAUUCCUGACUAAGCUCCUAUCAAUGAGCGGGCAAAAGCUAGGAGUCGCAAUUGGACUGUUAACAGGACACGCGACUUUGAAAGCUCACUUGCAUAAAAUAAAAAUUGAGAAAGACGACGUGUGUGGAUUAUGCGGCGACAGUGGAGAGGACUAAUAUGCAUGUUCUACGCCCUGCUCUAGCUUAUAAAAUAUAUAAAUUAUGGGAUUAGGCUCUUCUAAGGUCCGAAGAACUUUAAUAAACAAGACCUAAUAAUUUGAUUCAUUUGGCCUCUGAUAGUUCCUAUCAGAAGCUAGGGCUUAGGAUCUAAGUUGAAAGAAAGAGUGUUAUAAAAGAUCUCCACAUCUAAAUAACCUUAGGAGCAGUAGUUGAUUCAUCCACUAUAAUGCUACUAUUAUCACUACUACUACUACUACUAUUACUACUACACUGCUAUUAUUACUACUAUUACUACUACUACUAUUACUACUACUACUACUACUACUACAUACUACUAUCACCUUCUAACUAUGAUAAAACUAUUAAAAAGUUCGGGGUAUUUGAAGAACAUCUUGAAAAUUGAGCAAAAGCAUGGUGUAUUUAUACAAAUUCGAACGAUAUAUGGAAUUACUAUAAAACGCAUGUUUGUGAGUUUUUUUUUGAGGGGAGGGAUAGCGUGAGAAGAAGGAGUAUUAUGUGGUGUGUGUGUGUGUGUGUGUGUGUGUGUGUGUGUGUGUGUGUGUAUGAGGGAGAGAGAGAGAAAGAGAAAGUGUAAAUAACUGUGUAUACGGAAAGGAGGGAUUUGGAUAAAUUAUAUAAAGUCGGAUGAAAACGAUUACCAUAAAAAUGCAUCUGGUAAAACUCAAGACGUGUUUGGAGAAGAGGGUUAAAGAAGGAAGUAAAGAGGAUUGUGUUUAUAUUUGUGAGGAACAGGGUUAUGCGUGUAUAGAUCUAGAGAGUUGGGGGUUAAGUUAAAUUUAAUUUGGUUGGAUUAAUAGAACACCCCCAAGAAUUUAUUUCUUUUAUUAUUUUUAUUGGAGAAUCCCAAUUCAUUUAACAUUUGAUUGCUUAAAUUAUUAAUUGUUUUAUGCUACUCAAUAAAACAACUAAACUAAUUUAAUAUACAACUUCCCAUUAAAUAAAUUAUUAAUCUUAUUUCUAUGCUACGUAAUAGAAAGGUUAAUUUGAUUUAACCUUUUAUUAACUUUUUGUAUUUUUUAAUCUCGUUUUCUGCCGAAUCCGGAAUUGCAAUGAGAAUGGGACGAAGUAUUUUUUUUCUGUAUUUUAUUUCUUUUUUAUAAUUUGCAUUUUUUAAUUCCUUCCUUAUAUAAGUUCAUUAUAUUUUAUAUUUUUUAUAUUUCAUAUUUUUUUAAUUUUUCCGAAGCUUGGGUUCGGUACAAAAUGAGAUUAAAAGAAGCAAAAUGUUAAUAAGAGAUCAAAUCUAUUUUCCACGUAAAGAAAUUGAUUCCACAUAAAUUUUACAUCAAUUUUGCAUCGAUUCCACGAAUGUCCUCAUGGAGAAUCCCCUUCCCCGCAACAUAAAAAAACAUAGAGGCACACAACCCUCUUUACUCCCUUCUUUAACUUUCUUCUCUAAAUACAAACAUUUCUUUAGUUUUAUUAGAUACAUUUUUGUAGUAGUCGUUUUCAUCCGACUUUAUAUAACUUAUCCAAGCCCCUCCUUUCCUCACAUACAGUUGCUUAUAUCUUCCUUCACACACACACACACACACACACACACACACACACACACACACACAAAAUAUUCCUCCUUCCCAUUUUGCCUCCAAAAACUCACGAAGAUGCGUUUUGUGUGUUUUGUUUUAGCUAAGUAUAUCAUUCGAAUUUGUAUAAAUAUAUCAUGUUCUUGCUCAAUUUUCAAGGUGUUUCCCACCACGAACUUUUCAAUAGCUUUAUCGUAAUCAGGAGGUCAAAAUCUACAAAAAACACUAUUUCUUUCACUUUUUUAGUAAAAAAUUGGCCCUUUUUUUAACAUUUACGACGAUAUAUUCAGUAUUUGUUAUUACUGUUCAUUAUUAUUAUUGUUAUCGCUAAAUACUUAUCCUAUAUUUACCUUUUCUGACAAUAUUGCAUAUGUCAAAUAAUGUAAAUUACACACACAGUAAUUCUUAAAUGAUUCAAAUAACUUUAUAAAAUUAAAGAGGAGAAUUAAUUGACAA